GGUCUUUUUGGAGUUCCUGAGCUCAGUGCCCCCGAGGGAUUUCGCAUCGCACAGGAAGAAGCGCUGAGAAAGGCAGAUUCCCUGGUGGAGCGUGCCUGUUCCACACCCCCUGGGCCACAGACUGUGGUUAUCUUUGAUGAGCUCUCUGAUGCUUUGUGCCGGGUGGCAGAUUUGAGAAAUUUGGAUUAUCACGAGUUUACUUUCCCAAUACAAGUUAAAGUUGAUACAUAUUGGAAAGAAAUAACUGUAAGAGAUUUUGAGAUGAUGAGAAAAAUGAAAAUGAAACUUAAUCCUCAAAAUUCUGAGUUAAUGCCUUGGGACCCACCCUACUACAGUGGUGUGAUUCGUGCAGAGAGGUACAAUAUUGAACCCAGUUUGUAUUGCCCAUUUUUCUCUCUGGGAGCAUGCAUGGAGGGCCUUAACAUUUUGUUUAACAAAUUGUUGGGCAUUUCCUUGUAUGCAGAGCAGCCUAUGAAAGGAGAAGUGUGGUGUGAAGAUGUCCGUAAGCUG